UCUUACAAAUGGCGUCUCUGUCUUCAAUGCAGAUGGUUCACACUUCUCAGAUUGGUGUUAAGUCGCAGUUAGUUUCUGCAAACCGAACAUCUCAAUCAGUUUGUGUCGGAGCUCGUUCCUCUGGUUCUGCAUUGUCUUCGAGACUACACUAUGCAGCAAGUUUCACUCUCAAGAAGCAAUUCUCAGGAGCUUAUGCGACCAUCAAGAACCAGAGAACAGCUUGUGUUAAAUCAAUGGCAGCUGAGGAAGAAGAAGUGAUGGAACCUCAGGCUAAAGUGACAAACAAGGUUUACUUUGAUGUGGAGAUUGGUGGUGAAGUCGCUGGAAGGAUUGUGAUGGGUCUGUUUGGUGAACUCAUGCCUAAAACCGUUGAGAACUACCGUGUCUUGUGUACUGGUAAGAUAAUGAAAGUUUGGAACUUUCUAAAAAUCAUAGACUAAAGAUGAAUAAAUGUUUCUGUUUAAUCAUAGACAAUGUUAACAUUUUUUUUUCUAAGAAACCUUAAAUAAGAGACUCCCAUUGGAGCAUAAAAAUUAUUGUGUCUCUUAAGUAGGUCUCUUAAAUAACUUUUAACACUUAACAAUAUUAAAAAAAAAUUAAGAGACCCUAAAUGGGUCUUUGGGAUAAUGAUACUCUAACACUGACUCUCUCUUGCAUACAUAAAACAUACAUCCUCUACUCUUAACUCAGAUCACUAAUCACUAAAACAGUAAAACAUAAUACAAAAAGAAGAAACACACAUUAAAAAAAUGGCAGCUAAUCUAGAAGACGAUUACAUAGACAUGGAAGUCACAUCUUUUACUAACCUCGUACGCAAAGCUCUUCAAAAACAAAAACAACAACAACCCUAGAGAGUUUGAGUUCCAAAUGUCUCAUCUUUGUCCUCUUGAGAUAGACAAAACCACUUUUCCAGCAGAUGAACUCUUCUACAAAGGCAAGCUUCUUCCUCUUCACUUACCUCCACGUCUCCUAAUGGUUCAAAAGCUUCUAGAAGAUUACACCUUUGACCAAGAAUUCUACAGCACACCUUUAUAGCCACCGGAACGUUUACUACUCCGGUGACGAGUAACACCCCUUUCGAGUCUUGCACGGUCUCUCCAGAAGAUUCUUGUCAAGUGAGUAAAGAGCCUAACCCUAAAGACUAUUUUCUUGAAUAUUCAAGUUCAGUGGAGGAGGAUGAGAAGAAGAAAUCUUGGAGCAAGAAACUGAGAUUGAACACACGAUUGAGUUUUGGAAAGAAGAUUAAAUCUUCGAGAGCUUAUCUAAGAUCAUUUUUUGGGAAGUCAAGAGUUGCUGAUGAAGGAUCUAUUUGAGGUAUUCUCGAGCAGAGAGACCUAAAAAGAAGAGUAAUGGUUCUGUUCCUGGGAGCCGAGCCAUAGGUGAUCUUUUUCGAUUUCUAUGAGGAGACAACCUGCGAAGAGUUCGAACAAAAAGUCAUCGACUAGUUUAGGGUAUCCCCAUUGCAGUUUUUGAAGAGAAGUACGAGUUCGAACUCAGAGAUAGAGAAUUCUAUUCAAGGAGCUAUCUUGCAUUGCAAGCAAUCUCAGCAGCAGAAGCAGUAUAGGGUUAAUGAGGUGGAAUUCUGUUCGUUGUCAGCAUCAAGAAUUGCAGUGGCAGAUGAUCCGGAACGGGCUCAGAUGUUUAGAGGUUAACUAAGCAAUUAAAUUGGACACGAAGAUGAUGAGAAGAUUUUAAGUUUUUUUUUGCUUCUACUUUGAUUUUCUAUGAAAUUUCAAAAAAUUCCGAAGGCCAUUUCCAUGUAAAAAAAAAAACAAAAAUGAUUACAAAUCUUUGUUUUAGAUUUGAAUUACUUGUGAUUUGAAAUUUUUAUAUUCGAUUCCAGUUUGGGCAAAUCUCCAAAAUAGCACCUUUCUAAGUUUAUAUCACAAAAAUAGCACUCAAAAACUAAAAUGACCAAAAUAGCAUUUUAUAUUUUGAAAAAUUUAAAAUUUUUAUUUUUUAAAAUUUGAAAUCUUAUCCCCGAAACCUCACUUCUCAACUCUAAACCCUAAAACCUAAACUCUAAACCCUAAACCCUAAAUUCUAAACCCUAAACCCCAUCCCUUGAGUGUUAUUUUUGUGACUUUUGGCCUUGAGUGCUAGUUUGGGAACAAAAACUUGAUUUAGUGCUAUUUUGGUUUUUUUCUCUUCCAGUUUUGAAAUAUAAAUUUUAGAACCCAGGGCCAGAGCUCCUUCAACCAACUUCUACAUAAAGAGCUUGACUUUCGGGAGACAGGGUGUCCCCCAAACCUUCUUCGUCCAUUCCAACUCGAGUAAUGAAUCCGCCUCAUUGUUCAGAGUUGCUCUGUUCUUCAUUGCAAUGAAAUAUCCUGACUUGGUGGUAUAGACUCCGUCCUUAGUAGGUGUCCAAACGAAAUCGUCAAUCGCCCCUAAUGUACUCGGAGAGAUGCAGAGAAUUUCCUUUGAGAUGAGUGGGAAUAAGGAUUUAACUUUGGGAACGUUCCACUCGUUGGAUCCUCUAAUUAGUAGAUCAGCAACCAUUUCAUUCGGUGGACCAACCGGUCGUCCAAUAUUAUCUUUUAAGAUCCAGCGCCACACUCUUGUUGAAUUCCCGUCUAUUAUCACAAAUGGGUCAAGCCCAACUUCUGCGAAGCCCAAUACGGAUUUGAACAAAACGCAGAGCUUUGCUUCUCAGUUCCAACGGUCUUCUUCCUGCACAAGACAAAACGCAAGUGAGGAUAAGACUAAAGCGAUGAACGGAAAAGUAAAGCAAAGGGGAGAGGACAAGCCAGCUGGUCAAGCACAGGCUGUCACAACUCAAAACCGUUACACGCUGCUACAGGACGAGGAAGCUCAAAGCUAAAACCCUAGUUUACUUAUCUAUAUAAAGACACUCAUGUUGUAACAAAAACCUUCAAGAGAGUGAAAUUAUAAUAAGAAAGUUCAGAAACUUAUCUUUGUCGUUCACGCGUUCAUGGUAUCAGAGCACACGGUGCCACCAUGGAUCUUGAGCCUUAUGACCCUCCUCGCUUAAACAUCAUUCAUUGUGUUACCGUAAAGCUCAAUGAGCAAAACUUUUUCUUCUGGAAACGUCAGUUUCAGUCUUUUCUCAGUGGGCAGCGUCUGUUUGGUUUUGUUACUGGUACCAUUCCUCAGCCGGUUACUACCAUCAUGGCUCCCACCAUUCAUGGUACCUCUACUCCUGUUCCAAACCCUGACCAUGAGCUUUGGUUCCAAACAGAUCAAGUUGUUCAGUCAUGGCUCCUUGGAUCAAUCACUGAUUCUCUUCAGUCCUUGGUGGUGAACUGCUCUACAGCUCAAGAGAUCUGGUCCACGCUUGAGACACACUUCAACAGGCCGUCUAACUCCCGCUUGUUCGAACUUCAGCACAAGAUGCAGACAUUAGCCAAAGGUGAUAAAAAGAUGUUCGACUUCCUUCAGGAGGUUAAAGCCCUCAGUGACCAGCUUGCCUCCAUUGGUGCUCCUAUGACAGAGGCAAUGAAGAUUUUCUCGGCUCUUCGUGGUCUGGGGCGAGACUAUGAGCCUAUCAAAACAUCUAUAGAAGGCUCUAUUGAUACGAUUCCUCCUCCGACGUUCGAAUAUAUCUUUCCUCGACUGGUGGCUUUUGACGAUAGGCUUAAAGGCUACAACACUGGUCAAGAAGUGACCCCGCACCUGGCGUUUACAUCAGUUCGCACGCAGCAGCAAGGAAACUACUACUCCUCUCGGGGUCGUGGUGGUCGCAGAGGUCGCGGUCGUGGUUCUUACAGCACACAAGGACGAGGCUUUCACCAGCAAAUCUCGUCUUCAUAUGAUGGCGAUACGCGUCCUACAUGUCAAAUCUGCGGCAAGCCAGGUCACCAUGCUCUCAAAUGUUAUCACCGUUUUGAUAGUAGCUAUCAGCUUGAUGAAGUUCCUCAGGCUCUGGCUGCUAUGCGCAUCACCGAAGUGUCUGAUGAUUCUGGUUCUGAGUGGUAUCCUGACUCCGCUGCAUCUGCGCAUGUUACAAGUUCCACGAGGAAUCUGCAUCAGUCACAACCAUAUCAUGGCUCAGAUACUGUUAUGAUUGGUGAUGGGAGUUACAUACCUAUCACUCAUACCGGUUCUACUGUCAUAGCCUCUUCCUCAGGUAUGCUUCCUCUCAAAGAUGUCAUUGUGUGUCCUCAGAUUGCCAAAUCUCUCUUAUCUGUAUCGAAAGUAACAGAUGAUUAUCCUUGCACUGUUGAGUUUGAUAAUGUUGGGGUUUCUAUAAAGGACAAGGUCACAAAGAAGGUUCUUACCAGGGGAAGAAGGGAUAAUGGUCUUUGCAGAGUUGAGAACAAGCCACAAAUAAAAGCUCUAUACUCCUCUAGGCAGCACUCUGCUACGGAUGCUGUUUGGCAUAGGAGACUUGGGCAUCCUCAUCAGCAAGUUCUUCAACAUCUGUCUGCGAAUAAUCUCAUCAAAAUAAGCUCAAGUACCAAGAAGAUGUGUUCGUCCUGUCAACUUGGCAAGAGCAGUAGCUUACCGUUUCAGUCUUCUAGUUAUGUUGCUUCUCGGCCUUUGGAGAAGAUUCACUGUGAUCUCUGGGGGCCUGCACCAACAACCUCUGUUCAGAGUUUCAGAUUUUAUGUAAUCUUUAUUGACCAUUGGUCACGGUUUUGUUGGAUCUAUCCUAUGAAAUACAAGUCAGAUUUCUUUUCAAUCUUUUGCAAGUUUCAAGCCUUGGUAGAGAAUCAAUUGAGAUGCAGAAUUGGUACCUUUCAAUGUGACGGAGGCGGUGAAUUCAUCAGUACUGCAUUCCUCUCUCACUUGCAAAAGGAUGGGAUCCGACAACAAAUCUCGUGUCCUCAUACGCCGCAGCAGAACGGACUGGCUGAAAGGAAGCAUCGUCACAUCACUGAGCUUGGGUUGUCGAUGAUGUUUGAUAGCAAAAUGCCUUUAAAGUAUUGGGUGGAGGCGUUUUUCACAGCAACCUUCCUAAGCAACCUACUUCCUACAAGCAGCCUGCCAAACAAUCAAGUUCCAUAUCAAAAGCUGUUUGGGAAAGCAGUCAACUACAGUUUUCUACGAACGUUUGGUUGCGCUUGCUACCCUUCCCUCAGAGCCUAUGCUAACAACAUGUUUGAUCCUAGAUCUCUUAAGUGCGUAUUUCUAGGCUACAACGACAGAUAUAAGGGGUAUAGAUGCAUUUACCCUCCAACCGGUCGUGUCUACAUUACUCGACACGUUCUGUUUGAAGAAUCUGAUUUCCCUUUUGAGCACGCUUACAAACAGAGCCAUCCGUCAGUCUUAACUCCUCUUCUCAAGGCGUGGCAGAUGAGCUUUGUUCCGCAAUCCCCUCCAGAACAAGCAAAAGAGUCUGAAGCUUCAGUGUCAGCAUCAGUGGUUCAUCAAGGAUCAGUGCCUCUGUUCUCUGAAGCUGAGUUUCCUCCUCUGCAGUCUGUACCUCAGUCAACCUCAGCUCCAAGUAUUACAGUGUCUUCAGGAUCUUCAUCUGUCUCUACACCAGCUUCUGAUCAUGAAUCAAGUCCUUCUCCUAUACAACAGCCUUCCUCUCCUGCACCACAACGACAUCAAAUGGUCACAAGGUCGCAAGUGGGGACAGUCAAGCCUAAUCCUCGCUAUGUUCUGCUCACACAAAAGGUUUCAAUACCAGAGCCAAGAACUAUAGCAGACGCGUUAAAGCAUGAAGGAUGGAGAAAUGCUAUGGGAGAUGAGUUUGAAUCUUGUAAAGAAACCAAUACCUUCACGCUGGUUCCACGAACUGAAGACAUGCAUGUUCUAGGAAACAGAUGGGUGCAUAGAGUGAAGCUGAAUGCUGAUGGCAGUUUCAAGAAGCUUCGAUCUCGCUUGGUUGCAAAAGGCAAUGAGCAAGAAGAAGGGGUUGACUAUCUUGAAACCUACAGUCCAGUGGUUAGAAUGGCGUCAGUACGAACAAUUCUACACAUGGCUACGGUUUUGAAUUGGGAAAUAAGACAAAUGGACGUUAAAAAUGCGUUCUUACACGGUGACUUGCAAGAAGAGGUGUUCAUGAAGCAACCUGCUGGUUUUGUUGAUCAAGAACGUCCUCACCAUGUCUGGAGAUUGAACAAAGCGAUCUACGGCUUGAAGCAAGCUCCGAGAGCCUGGUUCGACAAGUUCAGCUCCUUCCUGAUUGAUUUUGGAUUUUGCUGCUCCAAAUCUGAUCCAUCUCUGUUCGUCUACAAAACAGAAACAGAUAUCAUCAUUCUUCUAUUAUAUGUUGACGACAUGGUGAUCACAGGAAAUAGCUCUAAAAGUCUUGAUCAUCUACUCAAGCAACUCAACAGCGAGUUCAGAAUGACCGACAUGGGGACGCUACACUACUUUUUGGGAAUACAAGUUCAGACGCAUGAUAAAGGAUUGUUCUUAUGUCAGCAAAAAUACGCAGAAGAAUUACUUGCAGUGGCAGGGAUGAAAGACUGCGAACCAAUUCCUACGCCAUUGCCACAGCAACUGAAUCGAGUUGAAGAUAAGUCUGAACUGUUCUCCCAUCCUACCUACUUCAGAAGCCUUGCUGGUAAGCUUCAGUAUCUGACCCUGACUCGUCCAGACAUUCAGUUUGCUGUGAACUACGUCUGCCAGAAGAUGCACUCGCCAACGGUCUCUGAUUUCCACCUGCUGAAAAGAAUCAUCAGAUACGUGAAAGGCACUAUCACAAUGGGGAUUUCUCUACACAAAGAAACAGACUUCACCCUCACUGCAUACAGUGACAGUGACUGGGCAGGAUGUAGCUCUACAAGAAGAUCUACUGGAGGAUACAGCACGUUCUUGGGAAAGAAUCUCAUUUCGUGGUCAUCUAAGAAGCAACCUACAGUGUCUAAAAGUUCUACUGAAGCUGAAUACAGAAGUCUAUCUGAGACAGCAUCUGAGAUUACCUGGCUCUGUUCUAUCUUCCGAGAACUUGGAUUGCCACUUCUGACUACACCAUUGUUGCUCUGUGAUAAUCUCUCUGCGGUUCUUCUGUCUGCUAAUCCAUCUUUUCACUCGAGGACCAAACACUUUGCUCUUGAUUAUCACUAUGUAAGGGAAAGGGUUGCUCUUGGAGCUCUUGAGGUGAAGCACAUACCGAACCAGCAUCAGAUCGCAGACAUCUUCACCAAAUCUCUUCCUCAAGCUGCGUUUUCUUCUCUUCGAGGCAAACUCGGUGUCGAUACAAUCGGCGCACCAAGUUUGAGGGGGCCUAUUAUCACAAAUGGGUCAAGCCCAACUUCUGCGAAGCCCAAUACGGAUUUGAACAAAACGCAGAGCUUUGCUUCUCAGUUCCAACGGUCUUCUUCCUGCACAAGACAAAACGCAAGUGAGGAUAAGACUAAAGCGAUGAACGGAAAAGUAAAGCAAAGGGGAGAGGACAAGCCAGCUGGUCAAGCACAGGCUGUCACAACUCAAAACCGUUACACGCUGCUACAGGACGAGGAAGCUCAAAGCUAAAACCCUAGUUUACUUAUCUAUAUAAAGACACUCAUGUUGUAACAAAAACCUUCAAAAGAGUGAAAUUAUAAUAAGAAAGUUCAGAAACUUAUCUUUGUCGUUCACGCGUUCACCAUCUCCGAUCGCUUUUUGUUCCACUCGUUCGAACUUUUUUUAAUUAUAGGCAUUAUUUUGUUUUGAUUUGGUAAGGGACGGAUUAGCUCAUAACUAUUUCUCUUUCCAUCAAAUAUUGGCUGGAGAAUUAAAGGUAGCUAAUAAAAUGCAGUUCAUACUGCACGAUCGGGACGAGUAUUUUGGUACAAAGGUAGUUGCAACACGCAUAUGUCCAAAAGGAUGAUUGUUUUGUGAUAAAAUAAAUACUUGGUCAAGACUUCAAUACGAGUAAUAAAUAAAAGUAAUUGACUAAGUCUUGUUCAAAGAAGAUGACAAAAGGCAAAAGAAAACAAAGAGGAGAUGAUAUGCGGAAACAAACACGACACUUAUAAAAAUGAACUUAUCGUUCUUUCCUUUUUCCCGAUAGUACUAAGCUAAACUUGGCACGUAAGAGCAUACGAGUGGGAAACAGUAGGGAUAGUCGUCGUCAUCAGGAAUCACAACAGCUUCUCCGAGAUCCACUUGUUUAAAAUACUCAUCCUCUCCAAUGAUGUAAGCCCUUUUGUAGCGACCAAGUGUGUCUAAAGUGAAAGCCAGUGCGAGUUUCUUUUCCUCGUCAAUGAAGAAACUUCCACUUAAGAGAGGGACCAUCUUAUCAACUGCUAAGAAGUACAGCUUGCUCCAGGACACCGCGUGGGGCUCAAUCUUAGUCGUAACCCAUAUCUCCAUCAUAUUUCUAUCCAUGCAUUGAUAUAACGCUGCAAGCUUCUCUUCUCCGACACUCGAUAGAACCACGGUGUCUUCGUCGAGAUGAGAGUGAAACGGCACGUGCAGAUGUGGUCCAAAUCUCUCUUUGGUAAAAUCAAAAGAGACCAAGAAAUCAUCUACAUCUCCGUCUGCUUCACCUUCGUCUAAUAUUAUUUUUUGUUUAGCAAAAAAGUAAGUGUUUCCCUUUACUGUCAAGCCGGGUCGAAAAAACUCGAUAUCCCAGUCGGGAGUGACAUCAAGAGCCCUCCACAAGUUAGAGUUCAUAUCGUAGAUUUCAAACUCAAAAAGGGAUGUGGGCCAGUAGGCAUCAUCUACAAACCUCAAUAUUUUGUAGGAUUUCUUGUUUGUAUCAUACCCCAGAGCAUACCUGUCCAAUCUGUGGUAAGCUGUUUUGGGCUCGAUCCACUUCAUUUGCCCUAGAUACGGGUUCCAAACCAAUAGCCUCGUGUUGUCUCUGGUCGUGCAUAACAACAAGCCGUCGCAGUGAAAUACUUUAGAUAUCUCGAUUUCAUUGAGCUUAUCAAUAGGUUUUAUAGAUACUGGACCAGAGCCUUCCUCGUCCUUUACUAUUCCGUUGAGAUCGAUUCUAACUGAACAAACCUUAAAAUCUAUCAUCAUGAACCCCAUAAACUGCCUAGCUACUGCUUUACCAAAUAUCCUAUGUCUCGAUGAAGCAUUCCAUCGUUUGCAUGUGCAUCUUACUUUUCCAACACAUGUAAUCGGAACUUUGGAGAGUAUCUCCCCGAUCAAAUAUCUGGAAAGAUCAGAGAUCGUCGUCAUUGUUUGAAACAGGUGGCGAAAUUAGUUAGGGUUCGAACUUUUUCAGGCUUGCUUAUAGAUGACAUAUACCACACAUUAGGAUAUGCUUGUUAUAUAUAUACGGGUUACCCAAAAACGGUGGGUUUAAUCACCGACACAACAAUAUAUAUCAAAUUAUGUGGAUAUUGAAAACUAUAUUUUUUAGUAUAUUUUAUAGAGAAAAUUACUUUGAUUGACUCUUAUUUUUUAACUAAUUACUACACUAAUUCUAUAUUUUGUACACACGUUAAAAUGGGUAUAAUAACCCUUUUAGUUGAUAAUUAUUACAAUACUGUCAUUAUCAUUAAUUUUAGAUACUUAAACAUGAUAAAAGUAAAACUAAUUCUGCCUGGGCAUAAUAUCCGUAAUCCGUAAUCUAAAAUCCGAACCGAACCCGAACCGACCCGAUCCGUAUCCGGAUCACCAUAAAUUUAUGAAUUGCUAAGACGUACUUGACUUUCCAAUGGUUGUUGACUUUUUUUUAAACACCCAAUGGUUGUUGACUUAUUUUUGCAUAUUAUAAUUUAUUAACUAGAAAAUUUUGUUUUAAUAGAUUCAAUAUUGGAACCACAACCACAAAAACUGUACUAAUUCACAGAGUAUAAGUGCAUAUCAUGGCUAGAUCUACGUGUUUGAAUGCAUCUAGAAUAUGUGAGUAUAAAAUAAAGAAUGCAUAUAAUUUUUUAUUCUGGUUUUCCUACAUCUCCGAGACUUAGUCCAAAAUAAAUCCACUAGAACAUUGCAAAAUUGCUAUGAUAUCCAACACCACAAUACCUACAAUUGUAGUUAUAUAUUUUUUUUGUCAACAACUUUACAGAUUCAUAUUGACUCUGUGAACCACACCGGGAAAUCUUGAUCCAUGUGAACUACAAAAAACUUUUUCUUCCUAACGCUUCAUGCUAAGCCAUCCGUCUUUUUGUACAAUUGUAGUUAUAAUAAUAGGAAUUUAUAUAAGAUAUCGCAUAAUUUUAUUUUUAAUUAUAUUUACCUUUUUCGUUAUGAAUUUUAAUUAAAUCUCUGUAAUUUGUUUGAUUAAUUGUGUGAAUAGGACUUGUGGGAUUUUGGAUGUGUAUGGAAUCACUCGUGGACCAGGUUUAGGAAUUAGGACCGGCAAGAUUACCAUCUGAACCCUUUAUCUUCAAGAUCUCAACUCCAUAGUAUAUAGUCAUAAUACCCCGGAUGUUCCUUCUCAUUUGGAUGAAGAGCAACCCAAAUACCCUCACCAUUAGGGAGAUUUACAAUGUAAUCUUUGUGCCAAGCACGCCAUUCCUUCCCGUCCACCCAGAAUUGCAUGUCCGGUUAUAUGUGUCAGUUAAAUCACUAAAUUAUAAUACUUUUACAUAAUAAACAUAAGAAAAAUAUAAGAAUUUUUAAGCAAAAUAUAAAAAAAUUUAAGCAAAAUGUAAGAAUUUUUAAGCAAAAUAUGAGAAUAUUACACUAAAAAUUUCUAAAUUAAUAAUGUUGGGACUAUAACAAUUUAUUAAUCUAUAGAGUAACUAAUUUACAAAGUUUCUUUUUUUUUUAAUUUUUUCUAAUUUUUAUAAAAUAAAAAAAUGAUUUUACUAUUUUUAUUCAUAUUGCAUUUAUCAUAUUAUUUGGUUUAUAUUAAAUAUGUUGCAUAAAAUUUAAAUGUGUUUUAGAUACAAUUUUAAUAAUUAUUACCAAAAUAUGUUGAAGUAUUAAGAAAAUUUCCAAAUAAUUUCAUUUAAAUAUAAAAAAAUAUAACAUGGUUUGUUUGUACUUAUAAAAAAAUUACACAAAUAUAUAUAUAUAUAUAUAAUUGUUAAUUUUAUGAUUUUAAUAGGACCAUAUAUUUAUAUAAGUUUUUUUAAAAAGUAUUAUCUUAUUAUUUUAUCGAUUUAUGUCAUAUUUUGAACCGGUACAACUUAAAAACGAAAAAAAUAUAUUAGUUAAUUGAAUAUUAAUUUAUAAGGUUUCUACUAUAAUUUUUUACAUAGAAAACAUAAGCAAAAUAUGCCAUAACAACUGGAAAAUAUGUGAUAACAACUGGAAAAAUGAUAUUUUGUUCCUCAACAAUGCGAAAUUAACACAUUUAUUCUCCAACUAUUGACUAGGCAACAUAAUUCCUCAAAUAGAAAUCGAGAUUGCAAUUCUCUGUUAAAUCUCGUUUUUCUGCAAAAAUCAAAAGAUCUCGUUUUUCCUCCAAAACCAAAACAUCUCGUUUUCCUGCCAAAACCGGAAAACUUGUCCCCCCCCCCACCCCAAACCGAAAAAUAUCGUUUUCUCUCAAUACCAAAAAUUUCAUUUUCUCGUCAAAACUAAAA